ACGCAGGAGAUACAUGUAGACGGAGGAAGACGUGAAUGCUGAAAAUCUAGCGUAAUUCCUCGCUUGUCAAGUUAAUAAUGAGUUGCAAGUAAAAGAGAACGUCUGAUCGAAUUUCAAAGAUGAAAAAGGACAAACACAAGGCCAAAAGAAGUGCAAAUUACAAGAAGCAACAUGGCAUUUCUUCUGCAAAGAAUGCGAACAGAACUGCAAAAUCAACGAUUGCUGCUGAAGCGGAUGCGACACUGCGACAUGUAAAGCCAAAGGGACAUGGCCUCAUCAAGUCACAGGCAGAAUUGAUUAUCGAAAAACAGGAGGGACUGAAACAGUAUUCAAGAAGAAAGGUCGAAAGCAACUGGGAAAAAUAUGAAGAUUUUGUUGUUGAUCCUGACACAGAGACAGAGAAAGUCCGUUCAGAACCAAGGGGGGAAGACUUUCAAAAGCUUUUAUCCAAAUCAGAUGAUGCUUCAUCUCAGCUUCGAAUGAAGGAUGAAGUAUGGUGGGAUGGAGAUGAUCAAGAUGAUGAAACUGAGACUGAAAUUGGGAAGCUGUUCAAGAUUGACUAUGUGGAUUUAGCACGGCGUCUUAAAUGCAUCCCUCUCCAUGAGCGGCUUGGAAUAUCAACUAAAUAUUUUGAUGAGGAUUUACUCAAUAAAAUAAAUGAGGAUGCGGCAGAGCAUACAAAGAGGUAUCAAGAAAUGUUGGAUGCAGAGAAAGCUCAAGAACUGAACAACCCUCAAGAAUCAGAAAAUCCUACCCCAUCAGAUACUGUUUCUGAUCUAUCAUCAAGAGAACUAAUGACAGAGCCAACUGUUGGUGCAUGUAUUAAUAGUUGUGAAGCAAACAAACUGCAUGAAGUGACAGAUGAACACUGUAAUCAGCAAUCAAGUGAUGUUACUUUAAGAACUAAUAAUGAAACAGAACAUUGUACUAAAGAUGUAAAACAGACGGACUCACAAGCUGCUGAUAGGUUGUCGCAUUCUGCUGUAAGUCCGAGCUCUAGGAGUCAUAUUGAUUCAGGAUCCCCUGUGACCUCCAGCGAUAGGUCAACAAAAUCUGCUGAUGAUAAAGAGCCAACUACAGAACCACAUGCUAAACACAGUGAAGAAGAAAAUCUUGAAAACUGGCUGGAUGACUUCUUGGAUGAUUGAAGUGAUUCUGGUUUGACACUUAGCCAUUGGUAUUUUGAUUUUCCAGUUCUAGUUGUUUUAUUUUUUCUUUUCUUGAUUUUCAUUUUUUUUGUGGGGGUGUGAUGGAAUGAUUUAUAAAUAUACAUGUACAAGUAUUGUACUUUACUUUUCUCGUGAGCAAAAGUGUGCUGCAUUCUGCCGUACUUUAAAUGAACUUUAGAAAAAAAAAACCUUUUCCCUUUGAUUGCUAGAAUUUCAGCAGAUUUUAUUCAACUCAUGUAGCUAUUGGUGUCUUGGUUAUUUGGAUUUUGCUCUCCUGUAAAGAAAAAAAUUAUUUACAAAUUUUACUUCUAAAUUUAGAUGGUUUGAAAAAAAGAAUGCAAACCAGUCCAUGUUAUGAGAAAAAAAGAUGUAUGAAGAAUAAGGACAUGUGUUUCAUUUUUGUACCCUUAGUUUUUUUUUUUCAUGUUUGAAUUGUCUUGAGCUUAAAACGAUUUUUCUUGAAAUAUGCUUAAUUGUUAUACUAGAUGAAGAAGAUGGAUAACAAUUGCUCUCAUGACUUUCCAUGAUUUUUUUUCUUGUAAAAACAGAUAUGGUCCAUAAUUAAUUUUAUACUUGAGUAGGAUAUAUCAUUGUGUGAACAAUCCAUGAUGAUGAUGAUGAUGAUGUGUAAUUAUGAUUGUGGUGUAUUUAUUUCAUACUUUUUAGAGGUGGUUAUGAAAUGAUAUAUUUCCCUUCAUUCGUAAAGUACAAAUUAUAAAUUGUUAAUCAGUAACAUGAAAUGAUAUAUCCCCUGUAUUUUUAUGACUGAAAGGAUGUCAUGUCAUAACCACCCCCAGAGAUGAUCUAAACACACCUUGUGCAGAGGACAUAUUCUCUGUACUAGAUGUGUUUUGAUCAUCUCUGGACUCUGGAGGUGGUUAUGAAAUGAUAGCUCUGCAGUCGUAAAGUACAAAUGACAAAUAACAUUUGUACAAACUUGAUAGAAGGAAUGUUUUUUUAAACCAGAAAGAGGAUUUAUUGAAAAAUACACAAAUAUUAAUUAAUGGCUGUUGUAUAUAUUUGAAAAGAAAACUAACUGUUGAACAGGAAUGUCUGAUAAUUAGGCCAAGGUGUGUAAUGGACCAUAUCUGUUAAUGCAAAAAUGGUUGUGGCAUGUUAGCAACUUAGCAUACUCCUAUAUACAAGACCAUUUCCUAAUCUUUAUCAUGUUGACAAUUUUGUACAUUUUAUGAACAAUCCACACCAUUAGAAUUGGGGCAAUACAUGUUUUGCAUGCAAGGGUGGGGUAUGUAUUGGUAUUCAGCUGUGAUUACCAUUUACCGGUAGUUUAAAUAAGGUUUAUAUAGAUGUGGUUUUGACAACAAAAAUUUUAACUUCUCACCUUUUCUAUUUUAUUUCAGAGUUAUGCUUUUCGUUUUCUUCAAAUCAAGUUGUUGUUGGGGGUGAAAGUGACCUUAAACAGACAUUGAUACAGCAGUAGUUCCUAAAAAUGCAAAAUAUCAUGUGCUAUCACUAUCAUGCAGGCUAAAGGGUGAAUUUGUGAGACUAGUGAGUGAAAUUACAAACACCAAACUAGCCUCUUCUGAAAAUAAUAUGACAAUAUGCCAUCUGGUUUAUUGUUAUAGAAUAUUUGGGAGGUCUGAUAUGGUGUAUCUACAUGUACAGUGCCAUUUGAAAAGUUUCCCCAACAUUACCUAUUAACUGUCUCUUGAUAUACUUGUCAUAAAAUUCAGAAAAUUGAACUUCUGGUACAGUAGCAUGGAAUAUUAUUCAACUCUGUAGUAUAGUAGUCUGCUAUGCAGACUCUGAAUGGCUCGUGAAGUGGGAUCUGCAGCUGGUUUAGCAAACCAGCCUAAGAGGGCGAGCGAAGCGAGUACAUCUGCAGCUCCAGUAGACCUAGUCUGCUAUGCAGACUCCUUUAAUCAGCUGUGAUACACACACUGCAGAUGUGGGUCUACAGUUGUAGACUAGUGGUAUAGUGAGUACGUGUACAUAUUUUUGCGCAAUUUCAAUCUUUGGUUAUGGAAAGAAGUACCUGCAUAACAUCAACUGAAUUAUCAAAUUCUCGACAAGACAUAGCCUUUGAUUUGAUAAACAUUAGGAAUUGAGUUCUUUCUUGGAUGAACAGAACUGGUUGAUUAAGUAAAUUAAUGUCAUUUCAUACCUAUCUAUACUGAAGCAUAACUUUGAUGAUCUUGGCUUGUUCAUUCAGGUUUGCAAGGACAUAACAUGCCUUAAGUACAUAAGAUUCAUAGUAUGUCAAACAGCAUUACUACUUUCGAAUAUGUGAUUUAACAAAUAGUGUUCAAGUAAAAAUUUCCUUCAGUAAAUUUGUACAUGGGUUGUACAUGAGAUUCAAUUUUCAAUUCCUGUCAAAAUUAAUUAAAAUUCUAGAUAAUGAUCACAUUAUUAUUGAAUGUUUACAAACGAUGCUCAUCACAGGUUUGAAAAUAAAGUAAUUUGCUCAAGUAUUCAUGCAUGUAUCUUUUCAUGCACGGAGGAACAUAAUUCCUUAUGUUUAUUCAGUCAAAGGCUAUUUCCUUGUCUUCAAUUUAAUAGAUAAUAUGGUUGAUGUUAGAUACAGUAUGUGUUUCAUUCCAUAACCAAAACUUGCAAAAAUAUGUACUCAUUACUAUGAGGAUGAAUAUUUCUGCAUGCAACUGUUUAUCAUUUUACAGAAUACGAUAUGGUAGACAGAUGUACCAAUUUCUGACAUGCUGACUUGCUUCAGCCAAGGUCGCUGAGAAGGGGUAAUCCACCCAGCUGCCCCACCCCUGUCUUUAUUAGCUGUUUUUAAUUGUACCAGAAUCAGGAUAGUUAGUUUUAAAGAAAAUAGAAGAGGAUGAUAAAGUUAGAGGAAGUAUAUUUUCAGACAAUUAACUGGAUUUAUUAUGUAGAUGGGUGGUUGGGAUUUUGGA